UCCAGUGACGAUGCUCCGUCCAACACAUCGACUCUUGACGCAACCCUUGUUUCGACAUCCCGCUUCGCCAGCGCGGUAUUUCUCUCAACCCAGUGUCCUUCUCAACUCAACCGUAAAACUGGAGGAGGAAAGGCUGCCAUGAUACUCGCAAGAUCACUUUUUCCCGGUGAAAAUUGGCGAUGUCUUUCGUUCGAGGUACCAAGUGAUUGGAAAGUUGGGAUAUGGGGGGUAUUCCACCGUGUGGCUAGGCAGAGAUCUCCACAUAUCUAUGUCACAUUGAAAAUAGAUGAGCGAGAUUCAGCUCAUGGCAAAAGAGAAGCACAGAUCUAUAAUCACCUCAAGGGUGUCAAAUCAAGCCACAUAGGUGUCAUUCUCAUCCGUACAGUGCUGGAUGGCUUUCAAAUCCCUUCUGCCGAUGGCUCUCACUCCCAUCAGUGCCUUGUUCAUCCUCCUUUGGCCGUGAGUUUAUUAGAGCUUCGGAAUCGGACUAAAGCGAAGGUUUUCCCUGAUUCUUUGCUGAAGCCGGCUCUGAUCCAUAUUCUUCUUGCCCUUGAUUUCCUACAUACGGAAGCUCACGUUAUUCACACUGGUAUGCUACUCCUAGUAAUAGUCAGCCUUAUAUACUAA